CCAUUCUUUCGUCCUCGUCUUGUGUAUUGGGAAAAACAUUCAUUCAUCCAGCGGAAACCUUUUUUGUUGCUCCUAUUUUCUCGUAUUUGACACUGUUUCUGGAAAGCUGCCUUUCUUUUUUUGCCACGUGGUUUGUCUCCUGCCAACAUGUGCUAGACCUGUAGUCAAACUUGCUCGUCUUCACACGCUGUUUCUUUUUGCAGGAAAGAGUAGCAGCUGCACUUUUGGCACGUGGAAGCAGACAGAGCAGCCUUCACUUACAUCAAAGGCAGUCUCAAGCUGGUGAUGAAACUUGGUGCCUAUGUCACGCUACUCGACACCGAGGACAAGCUGGCGCUAGCCCGAGCAGCAUGUGGGGGAGAGGUUCGCCGGCGUGCCAAGCGCAUCACGAGUCUACACUAUGAAGUCGCAUGUAAGCUGAAAGCUCAGUUCAAGUACAUGUUGAAUCACCGCCUUCAAGAAAUGCACAAGACGGAUGAGCUACUGAAGCAGUACCCCACAACAGACAGAUUGGGAAAGCUGCUGGGAGAUGUAGGAAGCUUCUUCGCAUGCUACAGGCCUCUCACCCGGGACAUCUGCAUUAUCGCCAAGCGCCACCACCGUGCCUUUGAGUACCCAAUGACGGAGAAGCUAUGCCGGAUCGCCGCACGGGUCAACCCUGGUCCCGAAUACUUGCUUUCACUGGUUGCCGGGAUUGAGGACUUCUUGGAGAAAUGAUCGUCAAAACUGGCAGGAAGCACAGGGUAUAGCUCUGCGCAAUUUUUGCAUGAUACUAUUUCCCAUAACCGUGUAUUAUUUGGAACUCCUCUGUAGUUGCUUUCUUCUUACUUUCUUGUACAGCAUGCGUGUUUACUUGUAAAGUUUUAAUCUUCCCCUCUGAAAUUUGCAUUUACCAUGCGUGCAUAUUUGCUGUAGUUUACAACAGGUGCAUUUUAUUGUGUUUGUGCUUUCUUUUUAAUUACCCCACUCAUGCUUUAUUGCAUUUAUCAUUCAUUAUCAUUACAAAACUUAACUGCUGUGUUGUGCAACAACUUCAUAAUUUUUUAGCCAGCUUCAUAUGUAUAUACAUCAUUUUUAAACAUUUAUCCGGAAGUGCGACUAUGCAGGCUUCUGCCAUGUAUGAACUAUUCUGAAGAUAAGUUACCAUGCACACUGCUGCUGUUCUUUGGCACAACUCUUGCCAUUCACUACAUUCAUAUAUUUUCAGUCUUAUAUGGGAACUAUUUACAUGAGUUUUAAUUGACAAAGUGCU